AUACCCGUAAAUCCACGGCAAAUUCCCCUAAACUCCCUUUCAAUAUUUAUACGUUCUACCUCCUUCCCUUAUUAUUUUCCAUGUUCCCGGCUUAUUUUACUGCUAUUAUCCCUCAAAGUUGUUUCGAAUGGCUGGCUAUUGCUUGUUUAACCUUGUAUUUGUGGUAGGGACUUGUGGGUGAUAUAUGAAACUUGUUAACAUGAGUUGGGAUCGAAACGAGUGAUCCAUUGAAUCUCUAGUCUCGUAUGAAUCAAGUUUAUCUGAUUAUUAUGCGGCGUUUGGCUUGUUUGUUUUGUUUUUCUGUCAUUUUGUUCGUUGUGGUUCGUGGUUUAUACGUUAACUAUGAAAGAGAAGGAUGAAGAGGGGGAGAGAGAGAGAGAGGAAUGUACUGAAGAAAUGUCAUGUCAAGCAUAAUAAGGAAAGAAAACAAAGAAUAGUAGAUUAUUUUAGUACCAAAGACAAUAGUGAACUAACGUGAAGACAGAAAGAUAAAGAUAGAGAGAGGAGGAGAUAAGAAUGUACUGUAGAAACUUUAAAUGCAGAACAUACACAAUAUGGUAAUAAAAAAACAAAGAAUGGUAUAUUAUUUUGCAACACAAGAUGACAGUGAGUGAAGAAGGAGAGAGUGAUGUGCUGUAGAAAUAGUCAGAAAGAAGCACAGUUGUAAUAAAGAACAGUACAUCAUUUGAGUACACAAAAUGAUAGUGAAUGAACUCUUAGUCAAUAUGGAAAGAAGACAAAGGAAAUUUCAUUAUUACUUUACUACACAAGAUAAUAGUGAGCAAACUUAAAAGACAGAAGGGAGAAAAGAGAGGCUGGGCUUUGGAAUGGCCAGAGGGGGAACUGUGCCUAGCCAAGAAGACACACCACACGCCGCCCCAACCGCCACUGCUGCCGCCGCCACCACUGAGGGCACACACCAGCCCUUGCGCGCCCCCAACCACGACAUCGCCAGCGACAACACACCCCCAGACACCACCGCCACCACCCCCGCACGCAGGCUCCUCCGGCACUCCGCAUCUUGUGAGAGUAGAAGUGAGAGGGGGGAGAGUGACUGGAGGAAGAGACAGGGGAUAAGGAAGAGUGAUUCACUAGGUGUGGGCUGUACCAAGUGGCCUUGUCAUGCUUGCAGGUUCCUCAAUCUUGCCUCGACUGACCAGUGUGUGAUCUGUGCACGAUGGAAGACCCGUCAACCCCUGCAGUCGUCCCAGGUCGGGUCCAGCACUCAGCGGUGGUCAUUUGUGGGCCCUGCAGCAGCCACUCAGGUCACCCCCAGCAAGGCCACCUCUAACGCCCGGGACAAGUGGACAUGUCACAAUUGCAAGUUCCUCAACGUGUGCCAUGCCAGCGAGUGCAUCAUCUGUGGCACUCGCGGUGAGAACAGUGGCGGCCCGUGCCUGCCCCUGGUGCCAAGGGAGCUGCUGAGCCCGGCCGGCACAGGCCAGCAUGGCCCCCCCUCGCGGCAGGCCCUGCAGCGGGUGUUUGCGGCGGCGGCGGCCAUGAGCUCCUCGCCCGGCCUGCUGUCUGCUGCCCCGGCCGUCAAGCUCUCCUGGAAGUGCCCGCGCUGCCGCCACUACAACUCAGCCCACAGUGCCACCUGCUCCUCCUGCGUGAAGCUGGUGGGGCACGGCAGCGCAGGGGCCGUGGGGUUGGCCGCCGUGGCCCCAGUAGAGGAGGUGGAGGGUCGUCUCAUGGUGGAAAACAGCCUUUACUUCCUUGGCAACAGUGCCGCCGCCGCUGCCGCCGCAGACGCCGCAUCGGCUGCGGUGUGCCCUGAGGCGGAGUGCAACCGCUCCCCCAAGCGGCAGGUGCCCAGCGGUCCCGCCCUGCGCUGCUCCAAGCUGAGCCGCUCCGAGGCGGCCGCCACCCCACCCCCACCACCUGGCCGCCACCCCAGCCCUGAGCUGGACGCCAACAGCAAUCCCAGUGUUGGUGAGGGGGAGGAGGGAGGGGAGGGAGGGGGGGAGGCCUGGGCCUGCAAGCGCUGCACCCUCAGGAACCCACAGGAGUUUGAGUCAUGUGAGGUGUGCGAUGCCCCACGGCGCCCCAACAUCCCCACCACGCUGCCCCGCCGGCCUCCGGCCAGUCCCACCGACGUGCUCAAUGGCAACUGUGGCCCCGCAGAGCAGCGCGCCCCCAUCAGGAAGUCCUGCAGCGACACGGCCAACCUGAACGUGGCUGAGUCCCUUGCUGAGCUUGUAGCGGGAAGACUCACCUCCCCCACCGAGCCAGCGGCCAUGUCCGGCCCCACCCAGCCCAGCGAGGCCCCAGAGGCCGCAGCCCCCAUGGUGGUGGACCUGACACGCCCCGCGGCCCCGGUGCUGGUGGAUUUGACUCGCCCGGGUGCCCCGCGGGGCAAGGAGAAGGAGGAGGAGGAGGAGGAAAAGGAGGAGGAGUACUCCCUGGCGGAGGCGGACAUGUGGGCGUGUGCGUUCUGUUCCUUUGCCUACAACCCGUCGUGGUCCGAGAGUUGUGACGUGUGCAGCGGCCAGCGGCAGGCCCAGGGCGCCCCAGCCUCCCCUGCUGCAGAGCAGGCCAAGAACAGGGAGGUGCUGAGCCAGGGCCUGCAGGAGGACUUCCAGCUGCUGACCACUGACCUCCGGGAGGCGGGGGCGGACUCCCCAGACCAGGCCUGGACCUGCAUCAAGUGCACACUGGUCAACUCUGGGUCAGAGAAUGCCUGCCGAGCCUGCGGUGGCUCCAAGCUGAAGAGCAUCUGCUAUGUGGAGGAUGCUACACUGAAGCGCGGGGAGUGCUGGAGCUGCGUGGUGUGCACCCUCAAGAACCCCAUCUUUGCCCGCCGCUGCAAGGCCUGCAAGGCACGCGUCGAUGGCACUGGCGGUACCCGUGACAAGCUCAGCGCUGAAGCCAAGGCCCGAGAUGCUGCCCGCCCAAAGUCCGAGCACCUGACUGGCCCGGGCUGGAGUCUGCCGGCCCAGAAGUCCCCCAGCUUGCAGCGCAUCAGCCUGGAGGCCGGUGGGGCCGAGGGGUUACCGCUGCCCAGCCAGGACAAUCAAAAUGGCGGGUCAGAAGCAGCAGCAGCAGCAACAGCAGCAGCUGCAGCAGUGGCGGUGGCCGGGGCAGUGGCCCCUGCCCGGCCCAGCGGCAACGGGGCCAUCCCCAAGACCCGCCCCACCUCCCCACCAGCCACACAGGAGUCAGGGGGUGCCCGGGCUGUGUCCCCGCCAGCCAGCAGCCCCCCACCGCCACGGCUGGCCCUGCCCCGCCCCACCCCAUCCUCCUGGAGCUGUGGGGCAUGCACCUUCAGUAACAGUGCCUCCGCCGUGUCCUGCUCCAUGUGCGGCUCCUCCCCCACCCUUGGGGAUGUGGCAGGGCCAUGGCCAGGGCCUGGGGCCACCCACCGUGGCCAGUCCGAGCUAAUGGAUGUCCUCAGGGAGAUGGAGGUGCAGGAUGCCCUCCACCGCUGGACACGCAUCGUGCAUUACUGCAGACAGAACCAGCACCCCUUCGUGGACGACUCCUUCCCCCCCGUGCCGCGCUCUCUGUUCUUCAACGCCACGGACAAGAACGAGUCUCGCGUGACCCAGUGGCUGCGACCUCAUGAAAUACUUACUGACUCUACAGAGAACAGGAACGUCAAGUGGGCUGUGUUUCGUACGCCACUGCCCUCAGACAUAUCACAGGGAGUGUUGGGUAACUGCUGGCUGCUGAGUGCCCUGGCUGUGCUGGCAGAGCGUGACGACCUGGUCAAGAAGAUCAUGGUGACCCGAGACUUCUGCCCAGAGGGAGUCUAUCAGGUGAGACUGUGCAAGGCCGGGCGGUGGGUGACAGUUAUCGUGGACGACCUGCUUCCCUGCGACCGCCACGGCAGGCUGGUGUAUUCACAGGCCAAGCGGCGCCAGCUGUGGGUGCCACUCAUAGAGAAGGCCGUGGCCAAGGUGCAUGGCUGCUAUGAAGCACUGGUGUCUGGCCGGGCCAUAGAGGGCCUGGCCACACUCACCGGGGCACCCUGUGAAAGCCUCCCACUGCAGGCCGCCUCCUCGCCCCAUGAAGACGACAUAGAUGAGGAUCUGAUCUGGGCACAGCUCCUCAGCUCUCGCGCGGCUGGCUUCCUGAUGGGCGCGUCGUGUGGCGGAGGGAACAUGAAGGUGGUGGAUGAGGAGUACAAAAGUCAGGGGCUGAGGCCGAGACACGCCUACUCUGUGCUGGAUGUGCAGGACAUUGGUGGGCUACGUCUCCUGCGGCUGAGGAACCCCUGGGGCCACUACUCCUGGCGGGGGGACUGGUGCGACGAGUCUCCCUUGUGGACGUCCGAGCUCAAGGAGAAGCUGCUGCCCCAGGGAGGAAGUGAUGGCGUCUUCUGGAUAUCAUUUCAGGAUGUGUUGAAGUACUUUGACUGCAUUGACAUCUGCAAGGUACACAGUCACUGGUCUGAGGUGCGGGUCACCGGCUCGCUGCCCACCCUGGCGGACCGGCGCGCCCUCACACCCACACUCAUUACCGUGCUGGAGCCGACUGAGGUGGAAUUCACACUGUUCCAGGAGGGGCACAGGAACUCGGAAAACUCGCAGCGUUCACCCCUGGACCUGUGUGUGGUGUUGUUCCGCACCACGGCGUCGUCCACCCCCACAGUAGGCGCGUUGGUCAAGCACUCCAAGCGGCAGGUGCGAGGUUUUGUGGGCUGCCAUGCCAUGCUGGAGCCAGGGUCCUACAUCGCUGUGUGUCUCGCCUUUAACCACUGGCACACGGGUCUGGACGUGUCAGAUGGGUACCCUGGCUACGUGCUGGCCAUCCACAGUAGCAAACGGGUGGCAGUGGAGCAGAUCACAGCCCUGCCCUCCUUGCUGGCCGACUCCCUGGUCAAUCUGUGCCUGGCCAAGGGGCAGAGGCAUGAGGGCCGCCAGGGCAUGACCGUCUACUAUCUCACAAAGGGGUGGGCGGGCCUGGUGGUGAUGGUGGAGAACAGACACCCCGACAAGUGUAUCCAGGUGAUGUGUGACUGUCGGGAAAGCUACAAUGUUGUGUCCACUCGUGCACAACUCAAGACUGUCGACUCUGUGCCUCCUCUCCACCGGCAAGUGAUCAUCGUGCUGACUCAACUGGAGAGCAGCGGUGGCUUCAGCAUUGCCCACCGCCUCACCCACCGCCCCUCCCACUCUGCCGGCCUGCACGACUGGGGGCCACCUGGUACCAACCAUGACCCAGCCAUCGACGGCCUCACCCACGGCCUACACUCUCCACGGCCUAUAUAACGUGGCCAAGAGUGGUGGUGACCCAUACCCAGCCUGCCAUGACCUACUCACUCACAACUCAUGGCCUUUGUGGGGUGGUCAUGAGUGGUAGUGACCUGUAUUCAGCCCAUCAUGACCUGCACUUGUCAUGUAAUAGCCUGCAGUGGUCUACUCAUCUGUGACUCAGCACUAAGUCUUGGCCACUCCAGGAUAGAUGUUCAAGUGAAGCCUGCAUGAGCCUGUAUCUGUGGCCUGCAUCCUCUGUUACAGGCCACCAUGACCUAUACGAAGCCUACUUAAGUGCAUAGGCUGGCCAGUGUAAUGCUGUGGUGGUGGUGGUGAUGGUGGUGGUGGUGGAUGCAAGGGAGUGGAAUGCAUUUUCACUCAACUCAUUUUCUUUCACGGUUUCUGGUGGAAGUGAUGGAAAAAGGAAGAAAAUAAGGAAAUAAGUCCUCCUCCUCCUCCUCUUUUUUUCCUCCUCCUCCUCCUUCUCCUCCUCCUCUUUUUUCCUCCUCCUCCUCCUCCUCCUCCUCCUCCUCCUCCCCACAGCCUGGCCACCCUAAUCAAAACAAGCCAAGCCAACAAACAAGACAAUGAAUCAACAACAAUAACAAAAACACUAUUAACCGCAGAAAAGAGAAGACACCAUCACAACCCCCCGCCCCCCCAACACUCGAGUGACUUUCGGCUCCAGUAGUUGUGUUUUGGUGUGUCGGCCACCCACUCACCCACUCACUCACCCACUCACUCACCCACAAACUCACCCACAAACUCACUCACUCACUCCUUGCUACACACGUAUGGCACAGAAGCCCACAGUGGUGUAACAUUUAGUGACAGUGCACGUGUGGUAGCAAGCCCAAGGUGAACUGGUGGUACAUUCACACUGCCUAUCACCUCUGACAGACCCCAACAGACCCUGCAGUAGUGAAUAGCAGGGCCUGUGUUGGGCUGAGAGCAAGGCAGUGGCUGUGAGGGACCAUUGGGGGUGCUACAAAUUACACAAAGCAAGAGAGAGAUAUGUGUACUAGAAUGGAAGGACUGUCAGAUAUUAUUUUAACACGGUGCCCUCUCAGUCGCCUUCACUGCUAGCCGAGUGUUAGUGUGAGGCGAAUAGAACUGUGAUACCGAGCUGUGUCUGGCCUGCCCCUCUACCCUCACCUCUCAUCCUCCCCUCCCCCCCCACACACAGGUGAUGUACAGGUGAUGUGCUCGUAAAGGUGAAAAACAAAGGUGAAAUUUCUAUCUCUACUGCCACUUUAUCAAACAAAUGUCCACCUCAGGAGAAAGAUUUAGAGAGAGAGAGAUUUUAAAGAGAGAAAGUCAGUCUUUGCUGCAAUGAAUAUUUUUUGUUAUUCUUUUUGUUUUUUCUUGUUUUUCUCUCACUCACUCUGUACUGUACAAUCGUAAUGUUAAUUGCAAUGCUCAUUAUUGAUUUUUUUAUCAUAUAUUUUCUAUUACAUAUGUAGCUGUUAAGUAUUUUUGGUAUUAUUUAUAUUAGGUCUUUAUAUUGACAUUGUGUGUGUUAUCUGUGGAGUCUGCAAGUUGUAGGGUGAGGAGUGGCAGUGCUGUGACCUGACCUGACUUGAAUGUGACCUAACAACCUGACCUCAUACACUUUCUUGCUCAGUCUGUACCACAAUACAAGACAUAAAGUAACAAAGAAUGACAGUGCUGUGACCUGACCUAACGUAACCUGACCAGACCUCCUCACACACUAUUUAAGACUGUCUCAUGCUCAGUCUGUGCCACAAUACAAGACUUAAAGCAACACAGAUCACUCUUACACAAACACACAGUCACUUUUGUUUGACUGAUGCAACACAGGCCCAUCUCUUGCAACACAACUGAUCACUGACUGACUGAAUGACUGAAUGACUGACUGACUGAUUGACUGAUUGAAUGAUUGGUUGGUUAUAUCUCUCAAUCGUAGCCUUGAGAAAAUUAGUGGUGAUUGUUUGAAUAUUUGAAAUUUGACGAUUCUUGUUAAAACUGAAAUCUAAAAAUGAUAAUUAUUAGUUCAUUAGGUUGAUUGAUUGAUUGGUUGGUUAUUUAAUGCAUGUGGUUAUUAUUAUUAUCUUGGGAAACUUAAUGGUGGUUAUUACAAUAUCUGAAAUCAUGUGUUGGUUCUUAAAAUUGAAAUCUGGUAAUGACAGUUAAGCCUUGAGAACUUUGAUGAUGCUUCACUGAAAUUAAAAUCUAAGACGAACAAUGAUUAAAAUAUGCCUCGGAAAAUAUUAUGCUUUUUUACAAACUGAAAUAAGACAACAGUGAUUAAAAUAAGCCUAAGAAAAUUUAAGGAUACAUAUUAAAAAUGGAAUCCAAUAUGAACUGUGAUUGGUAAUGACAGAGUGACACUACAGAAACCUUAAUGACUUUACAACCUCACAUGACACAGCACAUGUACUAAAUUUGGAAAGCCACACCACUUAGAGAGAAGAAUAUUAAACCUCUGUAAAUCUCAGUGACUCAUACAACAAAGAAACUUCCUAAUCUGGUCUUGUUAACGCUGUGUGUGUGUGUGUGUGUGUGUGUGUGUGUGUGUGUGUGUGUGUGUGUGUGUGUGUGUGUGUGUGUGUGUGCCUGUGUGAAGUGAUUUCAGGCUUGUUAGUUGUACCAUUUGUAAUUAAGAGCUGUACAAUUUCAAGACAAGACUAAUGUUGACACAAAACCAAGCAAAUCGAGACAAUAACUUCCAUUACAAAAUAAAAUUAACAGAAACAAAUGGGGGAAAAAAAAAAGUAGAUAACUAUUUGCCAUAAAAAAAUAAAAGACAAUAACAGCAAAACAAGUAAAGAAAAUAGUUUAGAUAACUAUUAAUGAACAGCACAACAAGUAUGAGCAAACCUAGACAAUGAUUUACGGCCAAAAAAAAGACAAUAACAGCGGAACAAGUAGGAACAAAAGUAGAUACAAAUUCCCAUUAAAAAAAAAAGACACAUUAAAGAAAACAAAAAGGCAAACUAACACAAUAAUAAAUGAGACACUUCAGAUGACAAAAGACAGCAAGAAUCAAGUAGCAAAGGGACAAACAGACAAUAGAGAAACCAAACUUAACUUUACCAAACCAACACUUAACCAGGGAAACGUACUCAGUUCUCACCGACAACCAAAACAUGACAGGGAUAACUACACCAACAAAUAAACAAAUAGACAAAAGUUUCUACUACCAAUACAUCCUCUUAGUAAACUUGCAGUACUAAUUUAGAAUACUUUACCAGUAUAUAUACACCAUAGUAAUCCCCAUACAGUAUACUCAAAAUACUACUACUACUACUACUACUACUACUACUACUACAACUACAGCAGUAUAUAUUUAGUUAUUUAUUUUGUAUCUCAUAUUUACUGGAAGCAUAGAACCAUUCAUAACUUCUAAAUCUGCCUCAUAAUUCUAUAACCCUAACUAGUGUGAGUUUAGGGUGAAGUUAGAGUGAGGUUAGACUGACACUGGGGCUUAGGGGGGGCAAGGAACCUAAGACAAUAAACUGUGGAGGUUAGUUUUUUGCCAAGCCUCUCACACUACAAUAACAAAACACACUGCCGAUUAUACUAGUCACCCUAAGAUACGUGUCCCUCCCCCGUGUGACCCCAGCAGAGUGCGAGCAAGGGUGCACCGCCUGCCUGGGUGUGUAGUGACCCUGCGUACUUUCUCCCGAGGGUCAAGCGCGUCUUAAUUUGUAUACCGUUCUGAUUUUUAGAGACUGAAUGUCGAAAGGACCUUAUGCACUGAGCUGUGAGUGGCCGCUGCUGUGCUGUGUCCAUGACAUUGCUGUAUAAAGAUUUCUUACUUAAAUAGUUGGUGUAGAUACAGACAUACACCCACUGGGGGACACAUAAGGGUAGAAUGCUGUAAAAUCUUGUAAAAUAAGUGGAAAAUGAAUAUGAAAUUGAGACAAGUUGGCAACAAUGUGUCUUGUAUAAAGAUUUAUUUACACACAUAGUUGGCGUAGAUACAUACGUACAUACAUCCACUGGGGACUCCAAUAAGGAUAGAAUUGAGUGAAAUAAAAAGGCAGGAAAUGAAUACAAGAUCAUGUCGGCUUUGCUGCAAUGCUGUGUGAAGGUUUUUUGCAUGCAUUGGUGGUGCAGACACGGACACACAGACGCACAGACACUGGGGACUUAAUUAACAGUGGAAUAUUGUAAAAUCAUGUAAAAUAAGCAGAAAAAUUAAUGUGGAAUCAUUGUGAGUUAGCAGCAAUGUGUCUGGUUCUUGCAUACAUAACAUACCUCCAUAGUUUUGAGAAUACCACAAAAAAUAAAUAGAUUUUUUUUUAUAAUACCCCCCCAAAAAGACUGAUUUUCUUAUAAUACCCCCAAGAAAGACUGAUUUCCUUAUAAUACCCUCCAAAAAAAAGACUGAUUUCCUUAUAAUACUCUCCAAAAAAGACAGAUUUUCCCUUAAUAUCUCCACACCCCCCAAAAAAAGAUUGAUUUUCUUAUAAUACCCCCCCCCAAAAAAAGACUGAUUUACUUAUAAUAUCCCCAAAAAAGGCAGAUUUUCUUACAAUACCCAAAAAGGACCCCAAUUUUCUUAUAAUACCCAAAAAGAAACAGAUUUUUUACUAACAACCCGCCCCCUCCCAAAAAGAAAAUAAAUAAAUAAAUAAAUAAAAAUUAUGCUAAGUCCCCCAAACUGCUGCUCACUCAAAUGACACACACAUGGACAGAAACAGGCCAGAUGAAGGGAAAAAAAAAAAAGGUCCCAUACUCAAUUUAACAGCCAUAUAAGACUCCCAGUGGCUGUGUAGAGGGAAGAGCGAAGGAAAUUAUGCGAAGAGCGAAGGAAAAAAAAAAAUGAACUAAUCCCUUCACUGCAACAAGCAACCAUUAACAGCACAAAAGAUACAAUACAUAACCUCUUUGUAAACAUCUACAUGAAAGAAAGGGAAUUACGGGGAUCAAUUUUGCAGUUUAUAACCAGUUUAAUGUUUGAAGGUGGCUGAAGACAAAAAGGAACCGUCUUAGUGUGAGAAAGGUGUGAUAGCAGUGACAGGUUGAUAAUGCACCCACACAGACAGACAGACAGACAGAUGGCCAGCACUUGUGUCUUGUGUUCCUCCACGUGUGUCACAGUCUUGGUCGGUGAGGGUGGUGGGGCUGGCUUACGAAGGCUUGAUAAUUGAUUGUUUUGACUCUUUCUACCUAGCGAGGCUGUUGCGCUCAGCUUGGCGGUGGCCUCACACACACACACACACACACACAUUUUAUAUUGUUAAGGAGACAAAAAGAGGCUAGAUAUUUUAAAGCAUAUUACAUUUUAUUUUCCUUACAUACAUACACACACACACACACACACACUUGAAAAAUCACCUUAAUAUACACAUUCAUAAAAAUACCCAUUAUACACACACACACGCACACACACACACAUGUACAUAGUGUGAAUACAGAAGCUAUACAUACAUACUCUAUACAUACUCUAGACUAGUUAAAAUAUGUUAGGGAUGUAUGUAUGUAUGUAUGUAUGUAUGUGUGAUUGUUGGAUGGCACAGAAGGUCUUUCAUGUGCAGUGUGGUGUCGGCGCGGCACAGCGACAGACGAGGCACUGUGGCACUCUGCUGUCGUGUGUGUGCCAGUGUUGUGAUGUGCCAAUACAAGUACAUGUGCGUCGCUUGCAAAUGUUUUCACUUUUCAUAAACUUUUUUUUUUUUUUUACUCAAAUUUGUAGUCUCUCUCUCUCUCUCUCUCUCUCUCUCUCUCUCUCUCUCUCUCUCUCUCUCUCUCUCUCUCUCUCUCUCUCUCUCUCUCUCUCUCUCUUAGUUGGUUUCUUUGUGAUGUCCGCUUCCUCUUAUCUCUUCCUUUCUUGACUUCUUCUUUCUUAAUUUCUUUCUUGACUCCUUUCUUCUUAACUUCCCUCUGUAACUCCUUCCUUUCUCGACUCAUGUCUUUCUUAACUUCUUCCUUUCUUAACUUCCUCCUUCUUAACUAAGCCAAAACAGUGAUUUAUCUUACAUUAUUUUGUGUUUCAACCUCAUUUGUAUAUAAGAGAGGAAGCGAAGUGUCUUGUUUUAUAUGAUACACUUAAGUAGGGGACAGGAAGAGUUAGUAGGGGCCUCAGUCACCACACACUAAGCCAAAAAUAUGCUUAUCUCUUACUAUUUUGUAUUUUGACUUCAUUUAUACGUAAGAAAAGAAGCGAAGUGUCUUGUCUUAAAUUAUACAGUUAAAACAGGGCAGAGAGAGCUGGGAGGGGCGUCAGUCAACACACAUUAAGCCAAAAUACUUGUCUAUCUCAUUAUUUUAUUCAUCUCCUCUCUAGUCUCCACGUGGAAGGAACCUACCAAACUGAGGGGCAAAGAUAGAACAAAUCACAGCACACACGCCACUUAGUAAUCUAGAUGUCAGUUUGUUGAUUUCUCAGGUUUUUGCAUUGUAUCGCUGUGAAGUUACGAAUUAUAAUGGGUAUCGAGUGAGUAGAGAUGUUUGUAUUGAGAGAUUAUGGUAAUAGUGAGGAAAGGUGUGACUGAGUAUGGGGAUUAAUAAAAAUGUUUGAUUAUAAAGGACGUGAUAAUAUUGAGAUUCAGACAAAGUGAGAUUAAAUUUGAAAUGACUAAAAAUACUUGAUUAUAUGUACGUAGAGGAGGUGUGAUGAUAUAUGGAAGUACAAACAAGAUAAGGGUGAAUACAGAAUGACUGGGAAAACUUGACUAUGUAGAGGAAAUGUGAUAAUAUUAAAAUUACCACGUAACUGAAUAUGGAGUGACUAAAAGUGGUUGACUAAGAUGAGAUUAAAUAUGGAAUGGCUGGAUAAGAUUGAUUGUGUGCCGAGAAAUUGUGCUAAUAUUAAAAUUCCUGCAUGAUUUUGAACGUGAAUAACUAAAAUAUGUUUGAUUGAGUGUAGAGGACAAGUGAUAGUAUUGAAACUCGAAAUAAAAUGAUAUUAAAUAUGGAAACUGUGUGCUAAUAUCAUCAUGAAGUUCUGUUAAGCUUUUUCCCUCAGCAAGUUAAGAAAUUAGAUACCUGGAAAAUAUUUUUCGUUUCAUAUCCUCAGUUUCCCUUAAGUUUAUUUCAACACAUGACUGGAGACUGAGAGAAAAUGUACUAUAUUAAUAAACUCUUCCUCUGUCAGUGAGUUAAAGUAAGGAACCAAAAAUAUUUAUAAUGUGAUAUAAGUUCAGUUUCCCUUAGUUUUAUUUCAACACGUGACUGGAGAUGCAGAGAAAAUGUACUAAUAUUAUAAAAAAAAAAACUUUUCCUCUAUCAAUGAAGUAAAAAUAGGAUACCAAAAAUAUAUAUUAUGUGUUAUAAGCUCAAUUCUUAUCAGGCCUUACGAGUUUAUAUUAUCAUUAUCAUCAUCACUAUUAUUAUUACUUUUUUUUCGCAUGACGAGAUGUUUAAGUCAGCAUGAGUAUAUUGCUAGUGUUGUUUGGAAAAUUAGUUAUAGUGUUUUGUAUUCCUCCCUUGGACCAAGAGUGAGCAUAAGUAGAGGAGGAAAUUAUUUGUGUUGGUUAACGUAAUGUUUGAUGGUUCCAUUCUGUAUGCAUUUGAUUUAUUAUUAUUUUUUUUUUUUCGAAACUGAAACUGGAGAUGCUGAAAUGAGGAGAAGAUUUGUAUUACUUGUAUUAUGUAAGGAUCAGUUUAUGAAUUACUUUUUCUUCUUCUUUUUUUUUUCUUCUUUAGUGUCCUUUCACUCUCUCACUCAUUCGCACCCUCAAUAUACCAGACCAGAUCUCCUCUCACUCAUACACUUCCACUAACACGCUCACUCACUCACUCACUCACUCAUUCAACAUCUGAUAAUUUCCUCUGGUCAUUAAUAAUUCUUGUGGGCAUUUAUUUCCAAUACCAUAUUUAUGUAUAUUUGUGUAUUUUUGUGUGUUCAGGAUUACACACACACACACACACACACACACACACACACACACACACACACACACACGUUGGUACAGGAAAUUCAAUACCUGUGCAAUGAUAAAUGUCAGGAAAAGAGCAUUUUUAUUUGAAUACGAGUUGUAGUUGUACCAUUUAUAACUUUUUUGUAAUAUAUAUUGCAUUGUUUAAUCAUAUUCUUGCCAUAUUAUGUGUUUUUUUUUAUCAUUAUGAUCUUUCGUGCCAAAUAUAUUAAUUAACUCACUGUUCAUUUGUUUGUUUGUUUGUUGUGUUCUUUUGUGUCAGUUAUUAUUAUUAUUAUUGCUAUUAUUGCUAUUGUUGUUGUUCUUGUUGUUAUUCUUGCUGUUGUUGUUGUUGUCGUUGCUCAAAUACUCGUUAAAAAAAGUUUGUGGUCUGAGGAGUGACAGGAAAGUGUUACCAAAGAAAGGAGAAAGAUGAAAAAAAAAAAAAAGCUGAUGUUUGGUGACAGAAAGAAGAUUUUGAAGAAGGAAGAGAAAAUAAAAAAAAUGAAGUGAGGAAAUGAAAAUAAAAAAAAUGCUAAGCAAAGAAAGAAAGAGAAGAAAGAACAAAGAAAAAUGGGAAGAAAAGAUUGUGAGAAGAAAAUUUCGAA